UGCGGUUAAAAUUACGCGUUUUAUCGUAGGUCUGAAACCGCAAAAAAAUGUAACACAUAGUUUUCUAUACAAGCGCACGCAUUAGUGACGUUUUUCAGUGACUGAUUUUAAAAACGUAACUUGCUACAUUUUGAUCGCGGUUUGCAAACGCGCGUUUUUUUUGUGUCCUAUAGUUAAAGUAUGGAAGCGCACGCACAGCGUUUAACCGCAUUCGGUUUUAUAUUCAGUCUCGACUGGGCGAGCGCAGAGGAUAGACGUUAUUUGCAGUGCUAACGAACGUUAAGAAAUUUUUUCAUGUCGUCCGACUCGGAUACAGCGUCUAUAGACUACGAUAAUUUGUCUAAAAAUAUUAUUAUUGAAGUGGAAAAAAGGCCAGCAUUAUAUGACAAAUCGUUAAAGCAAUACAAAGACAGAAAUAUUAAGGCCCGGCUUUGGCAGGAGGUAUAUCAAAAUGUGUGCAGAGAAUGGACAAACUUAUCGGAGGCAGACAAGAAAAACAAAGGAAGCUCCAUACAAAAAAAAUGGAAAAACAUGAAAGAUUGUUUCGCUAAGGAAUUGGCAGCACAUCAAGGCAAAUCUGGACAGGCUGCUCCUCCAAAGAAAAGGAAAUAUGUUCAUUUUGACUCAAUGCUUUUUCUAAUUCCUUCUAUGCAGAAACGAGAAACAAGCAGUAAUAUAAUGUCGUCUGUUUCUCCUCAAGAUAUAAAUGUAUCGUCACCGGCAUCUACUCAGGAUAGAACAUUGCCUGCUACAGCUCAAAAUUCGCAACCUCAAAUAGCACUGCGAAAGAAGAACUGUUCUGGAAGCAACAAUUCAAUAGACUAUGAGAAGCAAUUACUGGACAUAUUAAAAGAAAAACAAGUACACGAGAACGAGGACGACGAAGAAAAAAACUUUGCGCUAAUGUUAGUUCCUAUGUUACGUAAAUUAAAUGAAGAUCAAAAGCAUUAUGCUAAGAUUGAAAUCCUUAAUGUCUUAAAAAAGGCACGUUCUCAUUCAUCUCCGCAACCAUCGCAACACGUUUUUAAUCAACCAUCUCAAUUUAGAAAACAAAGAAUAUGCAGUUCACCAUUGUAUCAUCAAACAUAUACCCAGCCACAAAACACCAAUCAGUAUUCUCCACAAUCCUCAUGUAUAGAUACAAUAUAUUCCAUCCCAUCACCAUCAGAAACUCUUCCUCCAACAAGUCCAGCUCCAUAG